CGUCGGUUUCCUUUCCACAGUUAAAGGCUACUUUCUCUCGAAGCACUUGAGGAGAAGCCGUAGCAACCUCGACCUCGAAGCUCUUCGCGUAUUCGCUCUUUCUCCCUCGUCCGAAAUAUGCCCGACUCCCUCACCGGCGUUGGGUAGCGUAAGCGAGAGAACGAAGCCCUUGGAGGCCAAAGCCGGGGCAACCUGGUCGCACUUCCGCCUCCCAGGCUCCGGAAGGUAGCGCGCACGCGCUCCCUGCGACUCCGGCUCAGUUGACUUCCGCUCCCACUGUGCUCUGCGAGCCGAAUCAUGGAUCACACUGACAAUGAGUUACAAGGCACCAAUAGUUCUGGAUCAUUGGGUGGUCUUGAUGUUCGAAGAAGAAUUCCUAUAAAGCUCAUCUCCAAACAAGGGAGCAAAGCCAAAGCUGCACCUCGCACACCAAGGACUAUAAACAGAAUGCCUGCAAAGCCUCCACCUGGUGAUGAAGAAGGAUUUGAUUAUAAUGAAAAAGAACGGUAUGACUGUAAAGGGGGCGAACUGUUUGGAAAUCAGCGAAGAUUUCCUGGACACCUUUUUUGGGACUUUCAGAUAAACAUCCUGGGUGAAAAGGAUGAUACACCAGUUCAUUUCUGUGACAAAUGUGGAUUGCCUAUUAAGAUCUAUGGGCGAAUGAUCCCAUGCAAGCAUGUUUUUUGCUAUGACUGUGCAAUUUUACAUGAAAAAAAGGGAGAUAAGAUGUGUCCAGGCUGUAGUGAUCCUGUGCAGCGAAUUGAGCAGUGUACACGAGGUUCUCUCUUCAUGUGUAGCAUUGUUCAAGGGUGCAAGAGAACGUAUUUGUCUCAGAGAGACUUACAGGCUCAUAUCAACCACCGCCAUAUGAGAGCUGGGAAACCUGUUACCCGUGCUGCACUUGAAAAUGUUCAUCCUCCUAUUGCCCCACCACCAACUGAAAUCCCUGAUCGUUUUAUAAUGCCGCCAGACAAGCACCAUAAUAUGAGCCAUAUUCCGCCAAAGCAGCACAUCAUGAUGCCACCACCUCCUUUGCAACAUGUUUCACAUGAGCACUAUAAUCAGCCACAUGAGGAUAUUCGUGCUCCUCCAGCAGAAUUGUCCAUGGCUCCACCUCCACCUCGUUCGGUCAGUCAGGAAACCUUUCGUAUUUCAACAAGAAAACACAGCAAUUUAAUAACCGUCCCUAUUCAGGAUGACUCAAAUUCAGGUGCUAGAGAACCACCACCUCCUGCCCCAGCACCUGCUCACCAUCAUCCUGAAUAUCAGGGUCAACCAGUGGUAUCGCACCCUCAUCAUAUUAUGCCUCCACAGCAACAUUAUGCACCACCCCCACCUCCUCCACCACCAAUAAGCCAUCCAAUGCCACAUCCUCCCCAGGCUGCAGGUACUCCUCACUUGGUUUAUAGCCAAGCUCCACCUCCACCAAUGACCUCUGCUCCACCACCAAUAACCCCUCCCCCUGGACAUAUUAUUGCCCAGAUGCCACCUUAUAUGAAUCAUCCUCCUCCAGGACCUCCCCCACCUCAACAUGGUGGUCCACCUGUUACUGCACCCCCUCCUCACCAUUAUAAUCCUAACUCUUUACCCCAGUUCACUGAAGAUCAAGGAACUCUGAGCCCUCCAUUUACACAACCAGGGGGAAUGAGUCCUGGUAUAUGGCCUGCACCAAGAGGGCCACCACCUCCUCCACGAAUGCAGGGUCCGCCUUCUCAAACCCCUCUUCCUGGACCACAUCAUCCAGAUCAGACAAGAUACAGACCAUAUUAUCAAUGAUAAUAGUAUUUCGAACUGAAGAUAAGAUGGAAAAAAAACUUAUGUAUAGUCAAUCUUUUAAUUAAGCUUUGACUGUUCUGGGAAGGAAAAAUACCUCUUACUGAGGUGGCUAUAAAACACUUAGGGUCUUGUCUCAAAAUGGUUUUAAAUCUUCACCUUAGGAUUGAUUUCAAGUACUAUACUGUAGUGUAGAUAAGUGGCUCAGUAGAGCACAGCUAUAUUUUAACAACUUUGUUCCCCUAGUGUGGUAAAUUGACCCAGAGGUGACCAUUUGUAAAAAAAUAGAAAAUUUUUAUUGUUCCACUUUCAAAAGUAUUGCUUUUGUUAAACCCAGUUUCAUUUUUCUUGUGAUACAUUUUGUUAACCUGUGUAAAAGGAUUAAAUUUCAAUAUGGUUGUAAAAAUGCUAUUUUUAUGUGAAUUUAAGUGCAGCCACAUACUGUUUUUUAAAACCAUAUGUUUUACCACUAAUUUCCCAAAGUUACAAUAAAAUCCUAAAAGUAAAAAUCUAGAAUUUACUAUAAGGCAGACUGUUAAAUGGUAGAGAAUUAUUUCACAUUUUAGGCACUGAAAUUUUGAAGUAUGUUAAGUAUAUAAUGCUCUUCACUUGGAUGCCUUUUCAUUUUAGGCUGUUCAAGAGCACCAAAAUACAUGUAAUAUUAAAGGCAUUACUAAUUAUUUGGAAAGAUACGGCCAAAGUUAUCAACUCUACAGGCUCCAAACUGUUGGGGGAUGCUGUUACUCAUUAACGCUUUUACUGAAUGGUUAAAAUCACAUAAUUCACCACACUUAUUAAUCUUAAGUAACAUUAUUUUAUAGAACUGUUUAAAUUGUUCAUUAGAUGAAGUGUAUUCUACUCUGCUCAUUGUCUUAAACUAAAUAUUUAGGGCUGAAUAGGCUUUAUGUAAAUCCUCAUUUCAUGAUAGAGUUUGAUCCUGUGCUUAAGUGGGGUCUUGUUUAUUGGGUUUUAAAUCACAAUUUGAAUGCCAUGGAGGAAUUUGAAUACUGUAUUAAUGAAGGACAUUCUUGUAGUCACAGACUUGCAUUGCUCAGGUUUCAUUACUGUGUGAUAAGGUUUCUUUCUCUAACUUGAAAUUUUAAAACUUAAUGAUUUCCUUUUUUUUUUUUAUUGGUUAAGCAGUCUAAAACUUGGGAUGUUUUAGUGUGGAGUCAACACUGAAGACUAUCAGAUGAUUUUGUAUUGGAGAAAAGUAAUGACUAAAUUGUGAAUUUCAGUGCUUUAUAAGGUGCCUUUAGAGUCAGCUUUUGCAUUAUAGGGGCUUGCUAUAGUCCGCUAAGAUAACCACUCAGUUUCUACAGAACUCAUGUACAAUUCAUUAUUCUUAGGAUAUUAUUAUAUAUCCUUUGAAUAAACCCCUGUGAAGUAUUUCCUCCCCCCUAAAAUGGUGCAUAAUAUACACAUGAAAUACGUAGUGUGCAGAUAUCAUUAUUGAAUAGUUUGUAGUGUAUAAAUUUAGAACAUUCUUUUUGACAAAGAGUGAACUGAUUGCUGGUUUACCAUUUAAUUCUGUCAGGUACAGGCAAAGCAAUUUCUCAUCUUGGAUAAUCAGAUGAAAGGUCAUCUAUGAACUUAGAGCUGAAGUUAGAAAUAAUACAGAUGGCCAUUUCAACCAUGACCAGUCAAAAAUAACUAAUACACUUUUGUUUUAAGUGAAAUGAUUUUUCACACCUAUCAAUUUGAGAGUCCAGUGUUGAUGUAAUAUUUUUAGCGAGGAAAUUUUAUUAGCAUGGGAGUGAAACAGUGUGAAAAGUUGGUGGUGAGUGUGUCUGUCAUAUUACUGUAGGUACUUGGACUGGUGCAAACUUGACUCCCUUUCAUGCCCUUAUUUAGGAGCCGUUAAAAUAUUACUGUUGAAAAUCCAAUACCAUUCUUUGUUUCAUGUAAUAAGAGAAUAGAUUCAUUUUAGAGCUUCUCAACUAUUUAUGAAGAACUCUUCUGUUUUUAUUGAAAUUCGCUGGAGUUGAAUGUGGUUAUGAAACCACUUAGCCUAUGUACUGAACAAAAAAAAAUUAGUAUCAUGAUAAAAUUCCAUAUAUUAAGGCUAAUUCUCAUAGGCUUUUAAAACAUGAUUUAUUUUCAGCUAGGUUUAAGAAAUAUAAGUUAUGCAGGGAGGCGGAUCAGAUGAAUGUCGAAGCAGACAAAAAUUUUAAAUGUGUUAGACUUGAAUUUGUCCAGUUAUUGUUUGAAUGGGGGUGGGUGGGUAGUAGAAGGAUAACAAAAUUACUGUUAGUGUUUCUUUCCUUAAAGAAAAAAGAUGUGAAUUCCAGCUUUAUUUCAGGGAAGCUUUUGAAACUAUGAUGGACAUAGUCUAAAUGUAUGUAUGUUUCAUUAUAUUGCUCUUAAGACUACUGAGGUGGCAGUUUAAUUCUUAAAAACAAUAAAAUGGAAGCAUAAAUACUAUUUUGCCUAAAUGAGUUUUUACCUAAUGACAUUUGGGAGAAUGCAGAUUUUUUUCAUGUUUCUGUUGAUAGAACUUUUACAGUAAAAUUAGAUUGUCACUUUCGGAGAUUAAAACCAGCAAGUUGAAUGUUAAAUUUCUUCAGUGGCAUUGUUUGUUCAGACAAUAUAGUAUUGGGGAAAAUAGUUUGCACAGGCCAUAAAGAAAAGACUGUAUAUCCAUUUUUCCCUGUAAAAACCACUGGCUCAAUAUUAUUGUGUAAAUACCAACUGGAUACCACUGAAAUAUAAAUGGAAAAGAUAUUUGAACAUAUUUUUAAACACAUAUAGUGAACUUACCGUGUGAAGUAUACAGAGCUGCUUUAGGGCUUUGUUCUAGCAUACUGGAAGAGUAUCUUUCAUAUACCUUUUUGGAAAAGCCCUGUAGCUCUAUCUCAUAAAAAAUGUUUGUGAAAGUUCUAAAAGUACAUGGGAAAAACUCAGAAAUAUCUAAAACAAAACUAUACUUUCUAGUUAUUAGAUUAACCAUCAAAUUGGUAUAUAAUGUUCAUUGAAGUUUGGCAUAAUCAUAUUCAAACAUUUUCUGAAGUGGAUGAACUUUUCACUGGUUUGUAACUAUAAUCUCUUAAAUUGUAGUCUUGAAGCCAAACAGAAUUUACUUGUUGCAAUUUAUGCACAGUCUAAUAAAGCAAUAUUGGAUAUCUUAGACUUAAGGGGAGAGGGAGGUAAGCCAGUUAAAAUACUUGGUAAUGAUACUAAUAAAACAUUUGGAUUUUCAAACAUUUUUUGUUUUGAUUCAUGCCCCUUUAACUUCCCAUCAUUGAGGGAAAAGGUGUUAAAGUAGAAUCCUUAAAGGGAACAUUUUAGUGUUAAAGUUUCAUUGUCCCAUCUUCCUAUCUUCAAGAAUUUUUAGGCAUUACAGAAUCACAGGAUUGAAAUGAACAAUGAUAGGUCAUGGGUUUAGCUCUCACACUUGGACAGUACCGUGUCUUUUUAAAAAUCUAGCAUUUUCAAAUAUUAAUCUAUUACCCCAGAAUAUCCCAUUUCUAUUCUAAGUAGUUGUAGGCACCAGGUUUCAUAUUGCAUUUAAACCAAUCAUUAAUCUAAAAAUUGUUAUCCCUUUCCCUUCAGAAUGAAAAAUCCUGCUCUCUCUUCUUGCUGUGUUAACUUUCAAAACCUCUAAUUUUUUGUUUUAAAAUUUGUACUCAUUUCAAUUACACAAGUGAUACAUCUUUGGGGGAAAAUGUAAUAUAACAAAUAAAGCUAAAGAUUCCCUUGACUACUGAUGCAAUGAACAUUUCCCUUCCAGAGAUAAGUAGUACUGUUAUAACUUUGGUGUGUAUAUCUAAUCACUUUAAUUACAGAGCUGACAUCUAAAUAGACUCCAUGCUCUGGUUACGCAUCCUAAUCCAUGAUAAAUGUAGUAUUUCAUGAUCUAUACUCAAUAAAUAUAUACUGAGCACCUAC